UCAAUCUCUUUUUUUUCUCUCUGUUAAUCACAAUUAUGGCAUCCAAUUUUGAGAAAUCUCACUGCUUCAUCGACAACUUAAAGGCAAGAAUUAAGAAAUUGGCAUUCAAGACACAAGACACAACAAAAUUGUUUCAAAGGGGUGAUCAAGUUGAAGUUGCAAGUCAAGAAUGGGGUUACAUUGGUGCAUAUUAUACCGCGACUAUAGUUUCUCCAAUUGGAAGUUCUCACUAUAGAGUUCGAUACAAGAAUUUAGUAAACGACGAUAAGUCUGAUUUACUAGAGGAAAUUGUCAAUGCUUCUGAGACCCGUCCUGUACCACCUAAACAUGAAACGUUAUUAGUGCCUGAAGAUAUUCAUAUGUACGAUAUAGUUGAUGUGUUCGAUAAUGAUGGAUGGUGGAUCGGGUUUAUUUCUGGAAGACAUGAAGAAAAUUACAAGGUUUAUUUUCCUACUACUGGGGAGAAUGUUGCAUAUCCUCCUCAUCUCUUGAGGUUUCAUCAAGAAUGGAAUAAGGGCAAUUGGAUUUCUUCAAACUAAACUCAAGAUUUGAUGUCAUUUAGCUUGUAAUUAUUUUGGUUUCAAGAAAUUAGGGAGUAUUUUUAUUAAGUUCUUGAUUGUUACUGUGUAGGUUUUAUUUUUUAUGUUGUGGAAAUUAUCAAUCUGUAUUGAAAAUUUUCAAUUAGUAGCAUAGUUAUUAUUGUAGUAAUUA